UAUUGGAGAUAGAGAAACAGUGUGGUCUGUGGUAGCAAGCGGUGGUGCUCGUCUUCUCUUCCUCUUGCUCUCUCUCUCAAAGGACAUGGAAAACGUGGAAGUGUUCAACUCCCCAGGGAAAGGCCGAGGACUCAGGGCCACUAAGGACCUAUGGGCGGGGGAUGUGGUGUUCAGUGAGCCCAGCUUCGCCGCGGUCGUCUUUGACAAUAUGGCAGAGCAUGUGUGCCAUAGCUGCUUCCGUCGGCAACAGAAGCUCCAGCGCUGCGGUCAGUGUAGGUUUGCCCAGUACUGCGACCGCACGUGUCAGCGCGCCGGCUGGAACGAGCACAAACAGGAGUGCAGUGCCAUCAAGACCUUCGGCAAAGUGCCCAACGAGAAUAUCCGGCUGGCAGCCCGCAUUCUGUGGCGUAUAGAAAAGGAGGGAGAGGUCGUUUCAGACACACAGCUCACCACGCUGGAGGACCUGGAGGACCAUGUGGCUGACAUGCUCGCAGACGACCUGAAGGACCUGAAGGUCGACAUCCACAACUUCUUGGACUACUGGCCCCGCAACAGCAAGCAGCACAAAGUGGACUACAUCUCCCACAUCUUCGGAGUGAUAAACUGUAACGGGUUCAUGGUGAGUGACCAGCGGGGCCUGCAGGCAGUGGGUGUGGGUUUGUUUCCCAACCUGUGUCUGGUUAACCACAACUGCUGGCCCAACUGCACCGUCAUCCUCAACCACGGCAAUCAGUCUGCUGUAAAUUCCAUGUUUCACUCUCAGAGGAGGAUCGAGCUGCGAGCCCUCGGGAAGAUCGCCCCGGAGGAGGAGGUGACGGUGACGUACGUAGACUUCCUGAAUGUGUCGACGGAGCGGCAGCGGUUGCUGAAGGAGCAGUACUUCUUCAACUGCACCUGCCAGCACUGCACCGAGCACAUCAAAGAUGACAUCAUGAUGGGGGGGAAGGAGGUGGACGGCAACAAGCCUUCUGAGGAACUGGUGAAGGAGAUAACAGAGUUCAGCCUGCAGACGCUUCAGAAGAUAGAUAAAGCGCGCAUUGACGCCCAAUACCACGAGGUAGUGAAGUUGUGCAGGGAGUGUCUGGAGAAGCAGGAGCCAGUUCUGGCCGACACCCACCUGUACAAGCUGCGGAUACUGAGCACGCUCAGUGAGACACUAUCCUACCUGCAGUUCUUUGAGGAGGCUGCUGGACACGCCCGCAAGAUGGUGGAAGGGUACAUAAAACUGUAUCACCCGAACAAUGCACAGCUGGGCAUGGCCACGAUGCGGGCAGGAGUGACACACUGGCAUGCUGGCCUCAUUGAGGUUGGUCAUGGCAUGAUCUGCAAGGCCUACGCCAUCCUCCUGAUCACCCAUGGCGCCACUCACCCCAUCACCAAGGACCUGGAGGCCAUGCGCAUGCAGACGGAGAUGGAGCUGCGAAUGUUCCAGCAGAAUGAAUAUGUGUACUACAGCAUGAGGGAAGCAGCCCUCAAGAACCAGCCAAUGACCAUGAUGGCAGAGCCUGUGGAGGAGAACAUCAAGGGCCUCUUCCGGAAGAAAUGACAUCACCGCAGUUACAUUUAAAAAAAAAAAAAACACGAACAAUGCAAUGUCACACCUCACACAUACAGUUUCCGCAGUUUACAGAGCCAGGGGUGAUCUCCCUCACUCAAGGGCUCUACAGCUCAAACUCAUCACUCUCUUAUGCAGACACAGGACUUAGGGAUUUGAACCAAUGGUAUACCACUGUUUUGAGCCAAGGUUGCCAGAUGUCAGGUAACCCCUCCCUCAUUUUGGUUAUUUCACAGACAGGGGUAUGCACUUUUUUGGUUUGUAGGUUUAUCUGGUUUUGUAUUCUUUUUUUAAUAUUUUGAGCAGUAGGUGUAGUUUGUGGUCUUUUCUAAACUGACACUGUGGGCUGUUGGUCUAAGACACCUGGUUCUCCACCCAUUUCAUAAGCACUGUGCCUUUACUCACACAGUUCACACUCCCCUCCCCCAAUGGAAAUCACCAUAAACCUCCCCAGCCCACUAAAUACACCCACCCCCAGCUGCAGCCCCUCUUUCCUGAUCCCUCUUCCCAGCUACAAGAGACGCCAGGGAUACACCAGAUAUUCGGUAUUACAUCUUGAUUACCAUCCACAGUGUUUCAGAUGUUACUAUAGCACUUAGUGUUUUUGCGCACUUGAACCACAGUGAUCUGCAAUUUCAUACCCAAUAAAGCAGCUUUUGGAUGGACAGUUUUAACUGGUUUAUUCCAUAUGCCAAUAGCAAUGAGCAGAGAA